AAGUAAUUAUUUGGAGGACUACCUCUACUUGAGUCAUAUUAUUCUAAAGUAACAGUACUCUUACUUGAGUACGAUAUUUGGCUACACUGGCUACACACCUGUGCUCCUUGCCAAUAUAUGAGGAAGUACUGCACUAAAAAUGUAUUACAUUUUAUAGGACUUUCUACUUAUUUUUGUGAGAACAUGUUUUGGUAGCAUAGACUGAGGUAACACGUUAACAGUCUAUAUUUAUCUAUAUCUCGAUCAUUACGUCCCUCGCCUGUGUAAAAUCAUUGUUUUCGGAUCCUAACUUGCUUUGAAUAGCUUCUUCAGCAUCAUGAUAGUGCAUGACAAAGCAUGGCUAAUGGGCGUAGUCAAGCUGAGUCAUCAACAAGCAACAAACUGGCACUGAUGUCCACCAGUCAGUCGUGUGGUUCCAGAGGUGAACUCAAGUCGACCUGGGAGCAGGUUUGUUCUUGUCAAUGGUCGGCUUCACAGAUGUGCCACCGCCUUUUGUUCUUAACGUACGGCACCCCUAACGACAGCAGCACAGCCUCAGGGUUACAAAACGCUGCGGAAGUGAGCUCUGUGCCCUUCAAUGAGCCGUCGGAGCAAAGCUACAACCCAGAACCCCAAACCUCAUCCCGGACCAGGAAGGAGACGACCCAUCACUCUUCGGGCACUGGCAAGCACCACUCCCAUCACCGCCACCGCUCUCCUCACAAGAAAACCAGCGCAGGAAAACACAAAAGGACAAAAUCUCCCAGAAAGAUCAAUCUGUUCAAGAAGAAGGAUGAAAAAGGAAAAUACGGCCAGCACCACCAUUCCAGUGGACAACACCACGGCCGCCACGCCUCCCCUGACAAGGGGUACAAACGGUCACGCAGUGCAGAGAACGCCCUGGAUGGCCGUCAUGGGGGACACCGCCACGGUCGCUCCCCCGAAAGACAACGUGGUCGCCAUACUCGCCACCGCUCUCCUUACCGUUCUCAUCGGCGCUCACCUCAUCGCUCACCUCAUCGCUCACCUCGUCGCUCCCCUUACCGCUCACCUCCCCGCUACAGGUCGCCCCAUCGCUCUCGUCACCAUUCUCCAACCAGACGCCACGACCGCUCCCUCGAUCCCUACCGCAGAUAUGUCUCCCCGCAGGGAGAGAGGCAGCGUCGCAACGAGAAGCCCGCCACGGUCGAGGCAGUAUUGAAGGAGCCGUCGAGGUCUCCUGAACCGAGCCUCACCUUUGAGGACACCGUCCUGCGUGAACCCCCCGCCCUGGUCCGCCUCAACAGGGAGGCCGGGGAGGAGCGUCCUUUUUUGAACGACAGCCUCCUGACGAGAGCUUCCAACAUGGAGAGAGCCUUUGGCGGGGACAGCCUGCUGAGGGACAUUUCCCGCAAUCCUAGAGACACCUACAGGAACGCGUCUCUGCCCAGAGUGCGUACCCCCGACUCUGACUUGGCUUACCACAGGUACAGCUCGCUGCUGAGGGGGCGAUCGCCCAAGAGGGCAGACAGCGACAGGAAUUACCCCAGCAGAGGAUCUACCCCAGAACCGUACAGAACACGCAGCCUCGGACGAGAUAUCUCCCCGAUCGGAAGCCCCAGAAGGGAAGACUCGGAGGACGAAGAGGAUGAUGACAACUUUGUGGCGGCCAAGGUAAGAGAGUACUAUAGUACACUCAAGAGUGAUAACAGUCGCCCCACCAGGCCGGUGCUCCUGGAGCCCAAGAAGACCUACAAGGACAACCCCAGAGACCUGAGCAUCUGAUUGGGCAAUCACAGCCGCUACCACACGUAAUUCAUCUGAAGUGUUCAUGCCCACUAACCUGUUUUGAAGUAUAACCCAGUUGUGUACACACAGCAGACCACAACACUUGCACGCUGAUUUCAUAAAUUGAUGUAACAAUGUUCGGUUACAACCAAGACGGUGUUUUUUGUUUUUGUUUAAAUUAUUGUAUUAUUUUGCCCCUUUUCUCCUGGAUUUGGAUUGAUAUUCUCCAUAUAGAAUAUUUCAGACUUUUCCAUGAAAUGUAAAACCAUAAAAAAAACAAUGAUGUGCCUAACAGUUCCAUUAACAACCAUUUGUUUGUUUUAUUUGAUACUUAGCAAGCAUUUUGUGCUGCACAUGAUGAAAUUGGGGCGGAUCUGUAGUUUUCCACAAGGAUCCUAUGGUGUGCAUGUCUUUAAUGGUCUCUCGCUCUCUCUUCCCCCAGUGCCACUGUUUUAUAGACAUUUGACCAAGACUAUAGCACAAGCCUGCAUUUGUUUGUAUAUUUUUUGACAGUUUGCAGUAUGUGUACAUUAAGAGCUGAUCAUUUUAACUGAAUGAAGGGGAAAUUAAAAGUUAAAACUAUGAUGGUGGUGAUGUUAAAAUAAAAUAUAUUCAAUAA